UGCUUUGCGCAUGCGUCAGAUGACACCGGCUCUAAUUAGCCAGGCCGCUGGGAAGCGCUCGAGUUUGGCUGGCCGAUGGCAACACACAGCUGAAAGACUGAAUGGAUAGACGCCAACAAACACAGGACAAAUUUCAAGCCUGUCGUUAACUCUCCAUUCAAACACACACUAUCAGGAUGUGGAUGAUAUUUUCGGGAAUCGUCUUUGGGUUGCUGUCCCUCUCCAGUUCAGACAAUCCAACAGUGAAGUCACGUAGCUGCAGUUAUAUGGGAGUGUUUCAUGUGGAGGGAAGAGCUCGCUACAAUCUGACGUAUAAAGAUGCCAAGAGGUUGUGUGAACACCUAUCAGCUACUUUAGCACCAAUGGACCAGCUGCAGAGAGCUUAUAAUGCAGGACUGCAGACGUGCAGGUACGGCUGGAUAAAUAACAGUCAGCCGGUGAUCCUCCGUCACAAGCCACAUCAAAUCUGCGCCGGCAACCAAAUCGGCAUUAUGACUUGGGAGAAAACUCAUCAUGCUGACGCCUUCUGUUACGAUGAAAACGAUUUGUCAGGAAAAAACUGUUCAGCUAGGUCUGGGAUUUAUUUACCUGGAUCUAAGAGUUCAAAUACAUCAGAUGGUGACUCUGCAUCUGCAGAAGACCAAUCGAGUGUUGAAAGGACCGACCAUGAAAACGCAACUGAAGUUACACAUCUGGAGAACGCAACAACAUCUGAGUCGACUACUGCAGUCUAUUGGACCACUAAUGGUUCUGCGUCUGUAAACACCUCACAGGGUUUUAUAGAGAAUAAUGAGACUGAUGAAACAGAACAUCCACAGUCUACACCUGUAAAGCCUGAUACAGAUGCCACAAGGCCAAAUGGGCCUCAGUCGGACAACAAAAAUAACUCAGAUGCCAUAGGGCCGAAUGUGUAUCAGACACCCACCAAAAACAGCCCAGAUGCCACAGAGCCGAAUGUGCAUCAGUCACCCAUCAAAGAGAGCUCAGAUUGGCUGGUCAUUUUAUUUGUAAUUUUGGCUGUUCUACUCAUUCUGCUUGUAUGUGCUCUGGUAGCAACCAGAAAAAGAUGGUGUGGUAAAAAAAGAACUUUGAUUAUCACAAAAAAGAGCAGCAGUGACAAAAACGGUAGAUCAGCAUCAUUCACUCAAAAGCAGGAGAUGACCACGCUCAUGAACACUGAAAAAAAUCUCAGCGCAUAACUUCAGAGUUUAUUAACAUCAAUCUUGAUAAGCCAACAGAGAAAAUCCAGCAGCAAUAAGAAUGAGAACGAGAAAAGAUCAAAGUGACAUACAAUAAAUACACUGGAAGGAACAAAGAGGAAAUCAGAAGCCCGAGUAGCUAAGAGAUUGAGUCAUACGCUGGUUUUAAGUGUUUUGGGAAUUGUUUAGUUUAGACAUUUUGUAUUGAACUUUUAGCAACUUUGCUUACUUACAUUAUAUGAGAUUAUUGUUUUGAGGAUUGUAUUUUGUUUGUGGUAACACUUCACAACAGGUAAUAUAAAAUCUUUUUCAUUAACAUUAGUCAAGUAAGAAUAACACUGAUUUUUUUUACUUUUUUAAUCAGUGUUAAUGUAAAUACAUUUGUUCAUUGUUUCUUCGUGUGCAUUAACUUAUGUUAAGAGGCACUUUUAGUAAAUUAAUAUUUCAACCAAGAAUGAGCUCUCAUACCUCUAAUUGUCAGACCAUCUUGACUUUGUACACCUGUUCACCAACAACCCUACUACAAUUUCAGCGUCCUUUGCAGCACAUUUACAUGUCAGUACACAGUUUUCUCCAACCUUUACAUGCAGUCUUUAGUCACAACUUCCACGUCUCAUGUAACUUCUCAUGUAGCAUAUGCAGGAUGGACAAUAGGGAAGUCAAAAAACCACUGAAGAAUAAGAAUCAGUGGCCCUUGAAUCUGAAACAAGGAAAUUUCAAAAGUGUUUUUCUUCACUGGUGCAUGGACAUAGGCCGUUUCUCAAUACCAAGAAUGCCAAUUUCGGACUUGCAAGUUCAGACUUAGAAGAACGAACUCCCGAGGACAGGAGGACACAUCUGCAGUUAUAUUACAAAUGGAACAGCAAAGUCUUGAGGUCAUCAUUCAGUCUAACCAAUACGUGCAGCCCUGGCUAUUUUUAUUUUAAUGUAUUUUUACAAUAAAACGAUAUACUGUA